CAGCAUCACCACGGCUUCACCUUUCAUCGUCAUAGGUUUCAACACGUUUCUCACUCCCAGCUUGCUUCUAAAGAAUCUCUUUGGUCAAAAUACAAUGGAGUAGAGCAAUUACUAUAGCCGAUUAAAAGGCGCGGCUAAUAAAAUGCCAAAGAUUGUGCUUAUCGUCGGCGCUCCAAAUGCAUCUACUUUCACGCACGACUCUUUGAUCAAUACAACCUUUCAUCCCGAGUUUACAAGUCUGUUGCAUCUUGAGGGAGACCAUGAUAACAAUACAGCGAGUAAAAGCGCCGGUAUACCGCAUGCUCUCUGGAGAUCUCUGCCUCUUCACCACCAGCCACUGCAUACUGGACUCUCGCCGAUACAUCACGAUAUACACACCCUGACACAGACAAACGAAUUUCUUACAACUACCAAUCUAUCCUUUACUGAAGAGUCUGAAAACCCCGAUAGCCAGAUUGAAACGCAAGAAGAGCUCCUGACGCAGUUUUGUGAACAAUCUCUUGCCAUUCACAAUUCGAUAUCCUCAUCUCAUCUCAACGCAGAGCCUAGCUUCCCUGACAGCCUUUCCACAGCCGCGACGCCACACUCGUCUUUCUAUGGUACAAUUCCACCACCGAUUCCAAAUGUUCCCGCGAAUCUCUCCGACUUGGAAGAUAUUCCUGCGGCCCAGGACAUUCUUGGCUACCACCCUCAAACCAUUACUGUGAACCUCAUUGCUGGCGUACUUUCAAUCGCCCAGCCUCGUUCUGUCAAGACACGAUGGGGAAAUGAGCUAUCUCUCAUUGAAGUCUUGUUAGGCGAUGAGACCAAGUCUGCAUUCUCUGUCACUUUUUGGGUACCAACAGGUACUGCCUCGCAAAGCCAGGUAGGACAGCUCCGCCGGCAAGACGUCAUUCUGUUGCAGAAUGUUGGACUUCACGUAUUCCGCAAGCGAGUCUACGGGCAAACUCUGCGGCGAGAUAUGACAAAGGUCGAUCUACUAUGGCGGCGAGAUGGAAAUAGCUACUAUACGACAAAAAGUUUGAAAGCGGCCGCUCUCGCACACGGACCGAAUGAACCCCAGAUACAAAAGACAAAGAAUGUCGUUGACUGGAUGCUGCGAUUUAUUGGACCAGAUCCCGUAGCAGUGAAGCGCCUUUCGCAGCGUGUAUGGGAUAUGCCACCACCAGACACGCAAUAAGUCACACCCAGUACUGUCGAGCAGUGGAUUUAGAUUGGAAUUAUGCAAGCCGGGGAAAGAAUGUAUUAAAUACUGUAUUAGCCUAUAUCCUAACUGAAUGACACUUUUUAUACAUGGGUAUCAAACAAG